AUGGCUGAGCUUGUUGGAGUGAUUGCAAGCGCUGUCACCCUCGGAACUGUUAUGGCACAGCUCACAACCUCUAUCACUUGUCUAAAGGGUUUCUGUGAGCAAAUUCACAAUUUACCUAGUGACAUUAAUUGGCUUGUGCGAGAUAUCGAGAUACUUGGUCUUAUCUUAAGUGACAUUGAGGCCGAGUUUGUGCAAAAGUCGAUUACACCGGGCCUAAACGAUAGCAAGCACGUUCGGCAAAGUGUGGAGUUUUGCAGAGAAGCUGCUAUUAGUCUGGAAAUAACGUACAAGGAUUUAGUCUCAGAUCUUCAAUCCGGCUCUCGAAUACCUCAGUCUUAUGCCAUCAUGAAGCUAGUGAUGCGGAGGAGCAAGAUAGAGAAGUACAAAUCACGACUACAGGAUGUGAUUCGUUUACUUUUAUUGUCCCAGCAAUUCUACACAAGGUCUGUAAUAUUCCUUGACCUAUUUGAUGUCAAAAAAGUGACAACUUCAUUUAGAGCUCUUUUGCAGACCAGGCCUGAAUUGAUAGCCCAAGAGAUAGUACGCCAGCUGAAAAAGUCUUCAAUUAUGCCAGAGCCGGGCGACAAUAGAAUGCACGCUACGUUAUAUCAUACGGAAAGACACUGUUCCGCGGCUAAAAAAGCCGCUAAUGAGAAUUCCAACAGUUUUCGGAACAAAGCUUUUGUGUGGCGUGCUUCUCUGCCGCCUUGGAUAACUACUAAAGUUUUGGAACUAAGUGGUCUGAGAUUCCCUGACGGCUGGAAGUGGAUCUUUCGGACGUACAACACAAUUCCACUCGAAUCAAGUGCGGUCGCUUUCGCUAGCUCUGGCGAUAUUCAAGGUCUGCAGAGUCUUUUUGCCUCUAAGAGGGCUUCGCCUUUCGAUCGAAUUGACAUAAAUGGGAUACUCACUAGUUUCAAGUAUGCGGGUGGACCAAACAGGCAUGCCGUUCUCGAGUUCCUCCUGAACGAGGGAGCGGACAUGUCUAUUGGGGGCAACUUCAGCCAGCCUAACACGCCCCUUCUCCACUUGGUGUGGUCGGGGAGUCUUGGGGGAAAGAAAGGGCAUCCUCUGCUCCCUUCUCUUCGAAUACUUUUCCAUCGUUUAGGGGAGACGCUGUAUGAAACACCAGAAGAAACGAUCAAUGGGUUUAUGGCAGGCUUUCAUGGAACAGCUGAAGAGUUUCUUUUUUGUCAGCAGAGAUACUGUCCGGAUUUUUACCAAAUGCCACAAUGGACACGAGUCGCAGUGGCUGCUCGCGCAGCGUCCGGUGUCUGGGACGCCUACCAUAUGCCCGAAAUGAUUCGGACAGUCCUAGGAGAGGGCGCUUUGGGAGCAGAAAUGCUUCAACAAGAGUGGCCUUCGGAAAAUUAUGCACGAAAAGUAACGAGAACAACAUUGGUGCAUUGUGUGGCACAGAAAAUUGGCGGAAGUCAGGCUGGAAUGCAACGCUGCCACAAUCCUGUGCGAAAGCCAUUUCACGGGGGAAAACGAUUCGAAGCUUUAUGGAUAGAGCGUGAUGAAUUCAAUAAACAGGGAGAACUCUAUAAUUCGUGGAAUUGUUUGUUUCGCGAGUUCUUGCUUGCUAAAAUUGAUGUACACCAAAUCGUCGAUGGGAAGACGCCAUUGAUCGCAUUCCUUCAAGGAUAUUUCUAUCAUGAGUGGGGCAGAACCAAAAAAGAAGGAUCAGCUUGUGUGACAGCGUUGAGGUCCUGGUUGACGGAAUUGCAAGCUGCUGGUAUUGAUUUAGAUGGAUAUGGGCAGAAAGAGGUAAAAAUUUGGAAGAGCGAAAAUAUUCGAAGAGACGUGUUCUCUGUCAGUGAAAAAGGGGUGCGCUGGAAACGGCUGAUCAAUAUUGUUUAUGGCGCGAACCCUUCUGACUGGAACAUUUGGUUUUCUGAAUCUUCCGAUUCUCAUGCAGGCGAGUUUUGGGAUCUAUUAGAGCAGGAGACAGAAGUCAUGCCAGGUAGUUGGCCGGUGGAAUAA